AUGGACAGAACAUUUUCAUCUUGCCCUCCUCUGUGGAACCAGCCUUACAUACUGCAUGCUCGUUCUGGAUUUCAUACCUACCCCCUUGUCUCUGCACUGCAACCUGACCGACAGAUCACUAUAUACGUCAGAUUCUUUGACAAUCUGAAAACUCACGUCCAACAAGUGGUGAAUCGUCCAUUGGAUCCACAAUUAUUUCAGACUGAUUUUGAGAUUGCUGCUAUUCGCGCGGUUCAACAAGUGUUUCCUCACGCUGACGCGAGAGGUGUUUUUUUCCACUUCUGCCAAGCUGUUUGGCGCAAGACACAGAAUCUCGGCCUGGCGGUUCUCUACAAGAACGAUCCGACUGUGGGGACAUGGAUCCGCCGAGCGGCAUGUCUUCCUCUCCUUCCCAUCCCUGAGGUCCAGGAUACGUGGUUGGAAGCCAUGAACCAGUUCCCGGAUGUACCCACAGCCAUCGAGAUGAAUGACUAUAUGGUGACAAACUGA